AAACGUAGAAUGGAACGUUUUAAUAUUUCUAGACGAAACCAGUUUCUAUUCUUUGCCGCCUACGGCAGCACUGUCGGCUUGGGUUGUUGUUUCCUAUCCGCCAUUUUCCAGUCGCCAUUGAAAGGUGAAAACUUCACUAAAUGUCGGUGAUGAUUUUAAGAUUUUGAGUGGUUUCUUUAAGAUUGAACCCGUUUUUAGUGUUGUGAAAUGAAAAUGAAGUGCCCCGGACUACCAUGACGCAUCAAAAUCACCAAACAAACGGUGCAAGUCUCGAGGAUUGCCACACAAACUUCUUCGCCUUGACGGAGCUGUAUGGCAUAAAAUGGCGUAAGCUCGUAUGGGGGGAGACGAGCGGCGGCGGCGACGGGGAGGAGGGCGGCGCGCCGCUGGCGGACCCGGUCAUCAGCAGCUACGCGCGCUGCCUGGCCGGCGACAUCCUGUGCGUGUGGCGGCGGGUGCCGGCGCCGCCGCCGCCCGACAACAUCUAUGAGAUGAGCACCCCCGCGCCGCCGCCCCUCUCCCUCCGAGCCGCUAAAGAGCUCUGGAUAUUCUGGUACGGCGAAGAGCCCGACCUGAAUGGUCUUGUUGCACCAGAACUUAUUGCCAGCCAAGGUGACCAGGGCUCGUGGGAGAGUGGACUCUCGUACGAAUGUCGUUCGCUGCUGUUCAAGGCUCUUCACAAUCUUAUUGAAAGAUGCCUUCUGUCGCGGGACUUCGUGCGGCUCGGCAAAUGGUUCGUCCAACCAUACGACGGCGACGAAGAAGAAGUCGGCAAGAGUCCAUGGCACCUAUCGUUCUCGUUCGCGUUCUUCCUGCACGGCGAGAGCACGGUGUGCGCGUCGGUGGACGUGAGACAGCACCCUCCCGUCCGGACUCUCACUGCCAAGCGCCUCGCCAAGAUCAACUCGCCCGACAACCAGGCUGAUGCCAAAGUGAUCCUGGCCCCGUUCGGUCUGGAAGGCACGCUGUCUGGUCGCGAGUGGAGUGACGCCGACGCGGCUACAGCGCGGCUGCUCGACGCUUGGCGGCAGCUCUACCCGCUGGAGCAGGGCUGCGGCGCUGUAGAGGUCCGCGUGGGCGGUGCUCGCAUGCGCUACCCGGUGCCGUACGUGCUGGUGACGAACAUGGAGGCGGCGGCCCCCGAGCGCCGCGCGCCCACCGCCGCGCACCGCGCCCUCACCGCGCUCACCACGCCCGCUCCGCACCAGGCGGCUGAGAUCUGCUUCGGCGACACGACAGCGGAUAAGUGCGAGGACUUCAUAGAUCCCACCAGAAAAACUCCUUGUACCUGUGCGAAGUGGCGGCGGCGCCGCCCGCCCCGGCCCCCGCCCUUCCACCGCCGCGCCCGCCCGCCCAAACACGUGCAGCCGGGUGUGUCGCUGGGCGGCGCGGCGUGCUCGCCGGGCAGCUGCGGCGGCGGCUCGCCCGCGGCGGGCGGCUCGGCGCCGCCCUCCGCCGGCGCGCCGCAGUCGCCGCACCACCAGCCGCCGCCGCCGCAUCAGUCAACGGGUACGGUGCCGACGACGCUGCAUACGCCGGCGCCGACGCCCGACCCUCACGCGCCACCCACUCCUGCGCCGCCUUCUCUACCGCCACCCAAGACUUACACCCAGGGCGAGUCAGUCCCCGGGUGCGAGAUCUCGCGGCGGCCGACGCUGCCCGCCGCCGCGCCGCGCCUCGACCCGCUCGAAGACGAGCAUUCGCUGCACAUGCUGUAUGACUACACCACCGUAUACGCAUGGUUGGAACACCCAGUAAAGCGGUUCAAGUCGUCACAGAGCAGCUUCCGCGAGGAGAUGGCGCUGGGCGCGGCGCCGGCCGACCUGUACGCCGGACACGACCACACCAACGUGCCCGCCAUGCGCGACCAUCGGAAUGACGUUAAGAUGGAGAAGCAUGAACAUAAUGAGGAUACAAAAGAGUACAAGAACCUAUUCACAUCGGACGGCUUAUGUCCGACAUUCAAAGACCUGGAGCAGAUAUUCGAUAACUCGGACGACGCGGCCAGCGGCGAUGAGACGGUAAGACUUCUGCAGGUGUCGACGCCGCCGGACUCGAACAAGUCGGAGGAGCGGUGCCUGGGCCGCGGCUGCCCGCGCGCGGAGGAGCUGAGCAAGAUGUUCCCCACGCCGCCCAGCAUGGAGGCGCACGCGCAGGCCUCGCCCGCCUUCUCGCUGCCCGACGACGCCACGCCGCACCCGCGCCAGCCCGGCUCACCGCCGCCAGACAUACCCAUCGAGGACUGGUCAUACGUGUUCAAACCGCCUACCGUAUUCAAAUACGUGGGCUCAUCCAAGUACGCGCCGCUGACGACGCUGCCGAGCCAGCUGCUGCCGCCCGUCACGCUGCCGCCGCAUGCCGUGUACCGGCCGCGCUGCCACCAGGAGCACGACGACCACGACAAGCGGGAGCCGGACGCUGAUGCCGAUACCAAUAGGACGGGUAGGUCACCUCUGAGGCAGCUGCUGCCGCCCGUCACGCUGCCGCCGCAUGCCGUGUACCGGCCGCGCUGCCACCAGGAGCACGACGACCACGACAAGCGGGAGCCGGACGCUGAUGCCGAUACCAAUAGGACGGGUAGGUCACCUCUGAGGCAGCUGCUGCCGCCCGUCACGCUGCCGCCGCAUGCCGUGUACCGGCCGCGCUGCCACCAGGAGCACGACGACCACGACAAGCGGGAGCCGGACGCUGAUGCCGAUACCAAUAGGACGGCCGGUGUGAAACGCUCCGCUCCCCCUACACCUGAAAGCCGAGAGGCGCGGAGUCGAAACGCGCGCGAGCCGGGCCCCGGGCCCCCGGGCCCCGCCGCCACCAACACCUCCGUAGUGCCGCGGGCGCAGGCGCGGGUGGCGGACGCUCCGCCGGCGCCGCCCGCGCACGUGGCCUGCCCGCUGAUGCUCAACGUGCUGCUGGCGGAUACAGUGCUCAACGUCUUCCGCGACCACAACUUUGAUAGCUGCACGCUUUGUGUCUGCAAUGCUGGACCUAAGGUUGUGGGCAACAUCCGCGGCGCGGACGCGGCGACGUACCUGGCGGGCUGCUCGGGCAUGGGCGGCGCGGCGGGCGCGUCGCCGCGGCCGGACGACGAGCCGGCGCACUGCACGUGCGGCUUCAGCGCCAUCCUCAACCGCCGCCGCGCACACCGCGCCGGACUCUUCUACGAGGACGAGAUGGAGAUCACGGGCCUAGCAGAGGAGCCGGGCGGGGCGGAGGCGGGCGCGCUGGGCGAGGUGGCGCGCGCCGUGCUGGCCGCCAGCGCAGCCCCGCCCGCCCCGCCCGCCGCCGCGCUGGCCCGCGCCGCCGCCGCCGCCGCCGCCGCGCCGCCGCACGACGACCUGCGCCUCAACCUGCUCGAGUACACGGACGGCGGCACGGCGGCGGCGCGAGCUCUCCGCGCGUCCAUCACCUCAGGAGUUAGCGUGAACAGCAUCAGCAGCGCCAACGCCCCGCAAGCUGUGCAUCGCUGGCCCUUCAUCGGGGCACGAGCGCCCAGGUCCUCAAGGGACGUCGUUAGAUUAAUGCGGCGACUAAGGCCCCUCCUACAAGACGCGAUACAGAAGCGUUGUUGUGGCGCUCGCAUGUGGGACGGCGUGACGGGCCCGCUGACGUGGCGCCAGUUCCACCGCCUCGCCGGCCGCGGCAACGAGGACCUGUGCGAGCCGCAGCCCGUGCCUCCUCUACUCGUCGGACACGACCGCGACUGGAUAUCAUUGUCACCCUACGCGUUACGACAUUGGGAACGAUUAGCUCUCGAACCGUAUUCGUACGCUAGAGACGUAGCGUACGUGGUACUGGCGGCCGACUGUGAGUCCCUGACGGAGCCGCUGAAGGCGUUCUUCCGCGAGCUGUCGACGGCGUACGAGUCGUGCCGGCUGGGGCGGCACCAGCCCAUCGGGCGCGUGGCGCGGGACGGGCUGGUGCGCUGCGGGGCCGCGCGGCGGGCGGCGCGCGACGACUGGGCGGGCGCGCUGCCGCCGGGCCGCCUGGGCGAGCAGCUGCGCGCCUACGCCGACACGCUGCGCGCGCACCUGCUGCCGCAGCUGGCGGCGCUGGGCGCCGACCUGCUGGACGCCGAGCCGCGCCCGCCCGCCACGCCCGAGCCCGCGCCCGACGACGCCGAGCCCGCGCCGCCCGCGCCGCCGCCCGCCGCGCCCGCCGCCAGCGAGGACGAGGGCGGCGCGCCCGCGCUCGUCGUCUACGUGGUGGAGCCGCCCGCCGCGCAUGCGCACCGCCCGCUCGCGCUGCACGCGCUGCUCAGACUUGUUACUAGAACUAUGGACCACUUACAUCACCACAAUCCGCUCGUCAAGAUCAUCUCCCUGGAGAGCAUAUGCUCGCGCUGGGGGCUGGGCGCGGCUCGCGACGCGGGCCCGGCGCCGGGCGCGGAGGGCGGCGGGCAGGCGGGCGGCGGCGCCGACGUGCGCGCGCUGGCCUUCAGCGUGUUCACCGGCGCCCGCCGCCUGCUGCAGCACCACGCCAACGGCAAGUCGCUCACCGGCUUCGGCACCGCCGCCGACGCCAACCUCUUCCUGCAGGCCAAAGAUGAGAAGAACCGCGCCCCGUACGCGUUGUUCUCGCCGGCGUGGGUGCUGGCGGCGCCGCGCGCGCUGAAGGAGGUGGCGGAGACGUGGGGCACCGGCGCCACCGAGGCGGGCGGCGUGCUGUUCCUGGCCUACUGCCUCAGCCACGACCAGCGCUGGCUGCUGGCCGCCGCCUCCGACGCGCGCGGCGAGCUGCUCGACACCGCCGCCAUCAACAUACACGUGCCGCACAGAUCUCGGCGGCGGCGUAGCGCUCCUGCACGGCGGCUGGGGCUGACCAAACUGAUGGACUUCACCCUGGGCGUCAUGAGCCAGGCCGCGCAGCCCUGGAGGCUGGUCGUCGGCCGCGUCGGACGCAUCGGACAUGGAGAACUCAAAGGCUGGAGCUGGCUGCUGUCGCGCAAGCACCUGGUGCGGGCGUCGGCGCAGCUGCGCGAGCUGUGCGGCAGCUGCGGCGUGGUGUACCCGGCGGGCGCGCCGUGCAUCGUGUCGGCCUGCCUCGUGUCCACGGAGCCCGACUCCUGCCUGCGCCUCAUGGCCGACCGCUUCACGCCCGACGAGCGCUUCUCGCAGGCCUCCAUCCAGUCGCACCUGCACACGCCGCGCGACGUCACCGCCACGCACAUUCUCGUCUUCCCCACCUCCGCCACCACGCAGUCAAAUCAGAUGCCAUUCGAGCCACCGAUGGCGAACGGCGAGGACAGCGACAUGAUGUUCCUAAACGUGGACAUGGGAGACGAGGACAUGGGCGAGGACAACAUGACGGACUUACUCAUCGGGGACAUGUUCAACAACAUGUGGGCGGCCGGCAGCCCGCGUCGGACUGACGACGACCCUGCCGCCAGCCCGCAGGCGCAUCACCAUCACCAGGCCGCCUUCCAUCAUCAAGAUGAUAAUGCUGCCGAGGCGGUGGGCGCGCUGCUGCAGCAGCCGCUGGCGCUGGGCUACAUGGUGUCGACGGCGCCGCUGGGCGCCAUGCCGGCGUGGUGGUGGGCGGGCUGUGCUCACCUGCGCGGCGCCUGCCCCGCCUUCCUCAAGACGGCGCUGCACCUGCACGCCGGCAGCCUGCAGGCCGCCGACGACUACACCUCGCUCACGCAGCGCCGCGACCACAACACGCACCCGCUCGACUCGCAGGUCACCACCGACGUGCUCAGAUACGUGCUAGAAGGCUACAACGCGCUGUCAUGGCUGGCGCUGGACGGCAACACCCACGACCGGCUGUCGUGCCUGCCGCUGCACGUGCAGGUGCUCAUGCAGCUGUACCACACGGCCGCAGCGCUCGGCUAGACCACCAGCUGAGUGCCGCAGUGACGUGUCAGUGACAGUGUCUCAACUAGUGCAGUGUAGUGACGUGUACGAGUGACAAGUGACUAGUGAACAAGCGGAUCUGACAUAAUAAUAUAGUAUCGCGCAGGAAGCCUUGCAACUAUCGCAAACACCUAUUAAUGUUAAAAAGUUUACACUCGUUAACAUUACAGGUGUUCAGGAUGGCACUAAAUGUGCCAUAAUGUUGGAUAAUGACGUCAGCCUGCCUAUAUACUAUUUAUUAGAGUAAUUUGUUGAAGUUGGACGGCAUGGUUGUAGUGGUCAUAUGGGUGAUAUUGCUAUUUAUCUUAUUUAUUUUUUAUUUCUAUGUAUUUUGUUGAUAGUUUAUCCAGUUAAACCAGACCAUUAUUGGUUCUGUUUCAGAUAACUGGAUAGUAUAUAUUUUUUAUGUAUUUUUUUUACUAAUGGUAAUUUAAAUCUUGGUACCAUUUGCCUUAUUUUGUCUCCAGACAACUAUACAAAUAGCUUGUUUAUAGUGAUAAAUAUGAAUUAAAGUAUUGCCCAUGGAUCACUAAGUUGAAGUAAGGUGAAUGACUAAAAGGCAGCAUAAAGGUAGACUCGUAGUUGAUGACAGUAUUUAGAUAAAUUAACUAGUAGGGAGUGUAAGUUCUGGGCCUCGUUACGAUAUGUUGUUGUUGUCAAAUGUUGGAGAGUCCUCUACGUGUUGUAGGGGACAGUGUUGGGUGCGGUUUCGCUCUGUUUAGUAACAUUCUGUAUGUAGCAACAUGCUUUAGCAAUUGUUUUACUUACAGAUUCAUUCAUUUUCAUUUUUAACGCUAGACAGUGGGUCAAUAUAGCUCUUGUAUACUUUAAUUAAGUAAACAUGAGUUAGGAUCUUAGAUAAAAAGACCAUCAAGUAUAAAUAUACUAAGUUGAGACAUUACUUUUGCCGUACUCUUAAUAACUCCUUAUUUUCUAAAGCACAUUACUACAAACAUACAACAGUUUACUGUUUGGUAAAAUAUGCCUUAUUAAACAGAGUGAAUUACCAUGCACAAACUUCUAAAUUGAAAUAUCAAAAAUGUUAAAUUAAUUACUAGGAAAAUUUAAAAAUGCAAACUAGUUAAGCCGGGGAAUCUAGGUUAAUAAGUUUGAUCACAAAAUAAGGUCCAAUUUGGCAUAUGAACAGUUUUCCAUGUUUUAUAUAUGAAUCAUUCACCACAUGUCAAAAGGCAUUUUAAUUUAUAACCAGCAAUCAAUCCAUUCGAAUAUCAAGGUCUUUCAAUCAAUUUAGUUUGCUGGAAAACAAAACCUAGUUUGCAAAGUGCCAAUUAGGCCAAACAAAAAUAUCAAAUUUUAUUCAUAACAACUUUCAACUCAUAUUAGGUAUACAUGUUUGCAUACAGUUUUUGAUAGUUAUUUUUCAAUCAGUUUUUAAAUAUCAUGAGUGAUGAACUUUUAUCAUUUUCUUGCUAUUAAUAUCUAGUUACAUUUUUGAAAAUACAAUCAGUAAGAAUCCACUUCCAUGCAGUCUUGUCGGAAUAAACAAUACUUCCUGAUCUCUCAUUCCAGAAUUGAAAGUGAACCUCAUUUUAUGUAGCUAUCAUUUUUAUUAGACAGACAUGACCUUCAAAUACUUACCUAUAAAUGUAGAAAAUUUUAAAUAACGCGCCCAAAAGGCUAAAUGCAAUAAAAUAAGGAUUUAUGUGGGAUUAUUGUAAUUAGAUAGUUAAUUGCUCACAAUAUCCCUUUUCUCUCUCUUUUACCUCAAAUAUUUUCACACCUCGACAUUAAACUUCCGUCGAUUUAAUUAUCGUAGCUAGUAUUAAAAUUAUUAGCAAAAUAAAAUUGCAUGUUUUCAAAUAACGUUAGUAUCCAAAUAAGGAUUUUGAAUUCAUUUAGCUUGUAUAAAAUUGAUAUUUUCUGCAAUGUAGAAAAUUUUGAGUCCAAUUUUAUAUUUCACUGAGCUUUAAUUUUAGUACUGCAUCAAUUCAUGUUUUUCAUACAAAUCAGGUUUUAUUUUGAUCUCAAUGGCCAUUUUACUCUUUGAUACUGACUAAACUUUAGAGGCAAAUGUAAAGUUUAGUGAUUUUACUAAAGUGCAUCAAGUAAUUUUAUUUGGUCAUGCUCGGAACUCUAAUUUAUGGAAAUUAUAUCUAACAUUCAACCACAAGUUAACAUUUGAACAUCACACAGACACACACAUACGGUUUUUCCGACUUCAUAGUGCAAAUGUCUGAAUGCGACAUCAUGAAAUAUUUAUUUCGUAACGAAAUCGACGUCACAAUUUUUACAACUGCAGCACAUUAUUACUGCAAUGUAUGCAUUAAUGUAGUGUAUUUUUUGUAAAUUUUCGUUAUUUUAAUAAACCGGUAUGAAUUACCAAAGGAGUUAGAUAUGUAUAGUAUUUUAGAUAUUUUUUUACUGAUGUUUCUUAUUAAAUCGUCCACCAAACCAUCUCACUUAUUAUAACGACACUUGUCGACACGUACGUUCAUGCAUUAUUUUUGUAGGCUUUUAUGAGAAACGCAAUUUUUCCUAAUUUGUAGUGUUUUGCACAACUUUGCUUUAUGAAUCACGUAGUUGCAAUCUCUAGGGACAAAAUGUAUUUAGAUAAAUUGACCACUGAAGUAAACUUGAAUUCUGUACAGUUUUAUACGAGGGAACAAAAGCUCAACGUUGCUUCUCACAUGUGCUGCAUUGCACCGGCAUUCUAGCGUACACUAAUGUUCAAACUGAUCACUUGCGUAAUCUGCGGAGUGUCCGUGCGAUGUCGGUAACAGUUCUACAACAAACAGAUUUGCUAGUAAAUAUAUCUUAUGAUAACAAAAUAUGAAACAGUACAAUUGCGUAACGCAACAAUAGUAACUGCUCCUAGCGUGAAUAUUCUCAGCUGCACUUUUGCUAAAACAGGUGCAGUGAACGCGAAGUUAAACUUUUUUGCGAAUGCUACACCUAAUUUGUCAGCAUUGAGCAGAAACGUUGUUUGCGUGGGAAACACAUACUCGAAGCAAUUUAUUCUAUGGCUGCGUUAUGGAAUUAAGCUGCAGAACGCUAAUUAGAAACACCAAUAGUUUAUCGUUAGUUAAAAUAAAAUAGUGAUAAAGAGAGCCCCCUAGAUGAUGUUGGAAGUAGCAUUUGUAUAAUUAGACAUUGUCGUUUUAUAAAAAAAGAAUAUAAAAUGGAGCCAUUUGAAACAACAGAAGAGCGUGUUGAUGCGUCGAAUCUCCGACAGUUUAGUAGUUAUAAUGAAAUUUUCUAUUUUAAUAUAUUAUUAAAGCGUAAGCGUAGGGAGGUGUGCUGUGAAAACAAAUCUGUAAAUAUGUCCGAUGCGUGGUUUGGAUCGUGUAUUACUCAUUUUUUAUUGAUAUAUUAUUCCAUUUUUAAUCUUAUUUCUGUGGACUGAGUUCGGAAAAAUCAAAAAUCUUAAAUUAAUUUUUCGUAUUGAACAAAUUAUCAGAAAUCAGAUUGUAAAUUAUUUUUUUGUUGCUUAGUACCUAAUUAUUUUUUGUAUUGUCAAGUGAUGGUAGGCAAUUUGUACAGGUUUUGUAUGUAUGCGCGAGCGCAGCGCCGCGGCGGUUUGAAUAAAUUAUUUAAUGUAGACGCGGCCCGCCCGCCACUUAACUGAAUUAUGCCUAGUUGAAUAUGAAAUGUUUUAAAUGUGUUACAGCAUUUGAGAAUAUUUAAUGAUGUUGUAUAUAGUUUAUUAUUUUGUUUUGUAAAACGACAUUUUGUACAUAUACUCGAUGUAGUAUCGAAUACCGUUAAUUAUUUGCCCACAUUGCCGAUGUAUAAUGGAGCACGUUUUAAAGAAACCACUCGUAAUAUUUUGUACAGUUGUUAAGCGAGAUUCGUAGUUGAAUGGAUUAUUUUAAGGAUUUCGUUUUUUUGACUUUUUUGUUAUUGUGAAUUUGUCAAUUUUUUUAGGGAAUUGGGAUCGUACUGUACAUAGACCUCACCAUUUUGUCAUAUAUUAGUUGUAAGCGGUCAAAUCUGAUGAUUGAAGUGGAAAUCAAAUUUUCUAAAUGGAGCAAUCAUUAGAAAUUCGUAAAACAAAAUUAGUGUAAUACUUGAUAUUAAUAUAACUUUAUAAAUAACUGUGAAAAUAGGUAAUAAUAAUUAUGAAUAAAAUAUUACAUAUUUAAA